UUGACAAGGAAGCGUGGCCUUCAAAUCUAUGCAUGGAGCCCAGCCCAUUAACAGCUCUCAGGGUGCCGCUCUUAAAACCUAAUAAAACCUCGCCUUGUGACACAUGCUCACGCUACUCGCGGCUGCUGAUCAUCGCCUCUCCUGACUCCUGAUCUUGGUGGUGUAAUCAAGAUGCAGUCUGGUGAAGCCCCUGCUUCAAUGGAAGUAGAAGAAAUCCCAAAUGGAUUGGGGACAAAAUCUGCGUCUUUGCCAUCUAAGCCAAAGUUUGAGCCUUUGAAGGCCCAUGAAAUGUCUGACGGUCGAGUUCAGUUUAGAAAGGUUUCAGUUCCACCACAUAGGCAUUCACCACUCAAGAAGGCAUGGAUGGAAAUCUACACUCCAAUAUAUGAGCAGAUGAAGAUUGAUAUCCGUAUGAAUCUCAAAGCUAGAAAGAUUGAAUUAAAAACCCGACCAGAUACACCUGACAUCAGCAACCUACAGAAGUGUGCAGAUUUUGCACAUGCUUUCAUGUUAGGUUUUGAUAUUAUAGAUGCUAUUGCUCUUUUGCGAUUGGAUGAGCUAUAUGUGGAAUCUUUUGAAAUCAAAGAUGUUAAAACUCUUAGAGGUGAGCACUUGUCUCGUGCCAUUGGAAGAUUGUCAGGUAAAGGUGGCAAAACAAAGUUUGCUAUUGAGAAUGCCACAAAAACAAGGAUUGUGAUUGCUGAUACCAAGAUUCACAUAUUAGGAUCUUUUCAAAACAUUAAAAUUGCAAGGGAUUCUCUCUGUAGCCUUAUUUUAGGGUCCCCUGCUGGUAAGGUAUACUCAAAGCUUAGACAAGUUACUGCUAGACUGGCAGAGAGGUUUUAAUUUUUUUUUAUUCAUGUUAUUUUGAGACUAUUUAGCUCCAUACUGAGAUCUGUUAUGCUGAGUGGGAAUUUGUGAUUUUAACUGGGCGUGAAUUUUCUGUAUAAGAGGCCUUGUUGUAAGCUGCAAAAAUGAUUCAUUAUAAAGGAUAUGAAUAUCAUUCAUUUUUAUGGGUUA